GGCCCUCUUUCCCCGACGGAUUCCUCGACUACGCGGAAUCCAGCGGAAUAUUCCUCCUGGGGAUCUGCUACGGGAUGCAGCUGAUUGUGCAGGAGUUGGGGGGAGAGGUCGGGAUCCGGGAGAAGCAGGAGUAUGGGAAGAUGGAGAUCAGGGUUUCGGGAGGGGAUUUGGUGUUGGUGGGUGGGUGGUGGGGUUGGGGUUGAGGAGGAGCAGGUGGUGUGGAUGAGCCAUGGGGAUGAGGUAGUCAGGUUGCCGGAGGGGUUUGAGGUUGCGGCGAGGAGCGUGCAGGGGGCGGUGGCGGCGUUUGAGAAUCGGGGCAGGAGGGUAUAUGGGUUGCAGUAUCAUCCAGAGGUCACACAUUCAACACAUGGAAUGGAAACAUUACGUCAUUUUCUAAUUGAUAUUUGUGGUGUAACUGCUGAUUGGAAGAUGCAAGAUGUACUUGACGAAGAGAUUAAAGUCAUCAAAGGAAUGGUAGGAACCGAUGAACAUGUUAUUUGUGCUUUAUCGGGUGGAGUAGAUUCCACUGUUGCUGCUACACUUGUUCACAAAGCAAUUGGUGACAGGCUUCACUGUAUCUUUGUUGACAAUGGUUUAUUAAGGUACAAAGAAAGAGAACGGGUGAUGGCAACCUUUGAAAGUGAUCUUCAUUUGCCCGUCACUUGUGUCGAUGCAUCUGAUCGAUUUUUUAGUAAGCUCAAGGGUGCAGACCCAGAAAUGAAAAGAAAAAUUAUUGGAAGAGAAUUCAUUUAUGUUUUUGAUGAUUUUGCUUCGGAGUCGGAAAAGAAGCUCGGGAAGAGACCCAUGUUCUUGGUUCAGGGAACUCUGUAUCCAGAUGUUAUAGAGUCAUGCCCACCGCCCAGAAGUGGAAGAUCCCACUCACACACAAUCAAGAGCCAUCAUAAUGUUGGAGGGCUUCCAAAAGACAUGAAAUUAAAACUCAUUGAACCACUUAAGCUCCUUUUCAAAGACGAGGUACGAAAAUUAGGGGGGACUUUGAAUGUCCCAGAAGCAUUUUUGAAAAGACACCCUUUCCCUGGACCUGGCCUUGCUGUUCUAGUCCUGGGUGAUGUUACGGAAGGGAAUGCAUUGGAUAUUCUACGACAGGUUGAUAAGAUAUUCGUUCAGUCAAUCAAGGAUGCUGGCCUCUAUGACAAAAUUUGGCAAGCUUUUACUGUGUCUUUGCCUGUACAGUCUGUGGGGGUUGAAGGAGACCAGCGGACUCAUUCUCACGUUGUUGUUCUUAGAGCAAUCACCAGCGAGGACGGAAUGACUGCAGAUUGGUAUUAUUUCGAGCACAAGUUUCUUGUUGAGGUGGUUCGGAAAAUUUGCAAUAAUGUUCGCGGUGUAAGAGUUUGCCAAGACAUUACAUCAAAGCCCCCAGCUACUGUUGAAUGGGAGUAAAUACAGUUUACAGUGUUAUUGAUCUAAAGAACAUUUACCACCUAUUUAUUGUUCAAAUCUCAGCCUUGAAAGGAAGAAAGGCUUGGGUUUUCUAUCACCAAAGGAUUCGUCGCGGAUUUGUAAUCUACUUCUUUGACGGAAAUAAAUAUACUUUCUUUACCGACUAAUUUAGAGCUUGUAUGAAUUAAUUGAUAUAUGAAGACGGUGAAUUUAUGUAUAUCCAUAUCCUGCAUUCUUAAAUCUCCUUUUCUUUGUA